AUGAAGUGCUGAAAAUUAGAAUGCCCUAGCGAGCCUAUCUUUUUUUGUCCAUGCUCAGAAAUUGGAACUAAUUCAUGUGAAGUCCAUUUAAUUGAGCAUCUCAGAUUUAAAGCUCAAAAAGUCCACCAGCCAGAAGCUAUCUACUAUAAGUCAUGCCCAGAAACAAAGCAGGCUCUUUAUAGUUUUCUGAAAGCGAGGAAUGAAGACCUAGACAAAUUGAAAUUAAUUAUCAUAAACGAAAUAACUAAAAGAAUUAAAGAGCUCAAUUCUCAUCUGAUAAUUGCAUUGGAAGAAAUCAAAAGAGUUGAGAACAAAAAUUUAGAAUAUAUGCGAAGAAUUAUUUCAACUGAAAAUACAUCAAAAACUAAUAAAAUCGAAAAUUUUUUGACUUGGGAGCCUAACACUGCUCUUAGAAGUAUAAAAAGCUGCCUCUUAAGAAUCGAUAAGACAAAAAUUCCAAAUUACAUUAAUUUUGACUUUGAUAACUUUAAAGACCCUUAUGACGAAAUAGCUAUUUUUCGAGAUAAUACAAAAAACCUAUUGAGAAUAAAUUUAAAUGAUUUUGGAUAUGAAGAAACUGAACUUGCAAUAGAUAAAAAUAUGAGUAUGCAUUUAUCAAUUUGCAAACUUCCAGAUAGUAGACUAUUCUGCUUUGGAGGAUGCAAUCCUUAUAGUUCAUCGGCAUUUAUGAUAUACCCAGAUAAUAGCAUAAAAUAUCUUGCUAGUAGAUCAGUGCCAUGUGGGUUUUCAAGCGCUAUUUAUUACAAUGGAGAAGUUUAUGCAUUUGGAGGACAAAAUGCUAAUGGAUAUGUAAUGACUCCAGAAAAAUACAAUAUUUCUCAAGAUCAGUGAAGUUCACUUCCCAAAUUGAGUACUGGGGCAAAUUACUGCACUGGUUUUGCUUAUGAUAAUGAAAUUUACUUUGCAGGUAGCGAACAUAAAGAGAUUUAUAUUUACAGAAAUUAUCAUGAUCCUUACUCAAGGCAAAUAUCCAAUUUAAUUCCUAACUCCCAAAAGGUGCUUUUACUUUUCAAUCAUUCUUCGUACUCCCCCAUUUAAAUUGAUAGAAAAAUACUGUUGCAAUUUAGAGGGGGUUAAUAUAUUGUUUUUAAAAAUUAAAGAAAGAAUGAUUUAAUUUAUUUUCAUGAAGAAUUAUAAUAAGUUUAAUCGAUUCAGCUUGUAAAGUUUAAAUAAUUGUGCUUCUUCAAUUUUGGUUAAAGCUUACUAUAUAAAAAUUAGUAUUUUUAUAUAUAAUUUACCAUUUAAAAAUUAAAAUUUUGUUCCAAUUUAAAAGGGGGGUUAUCUUAUAAUAGAAGGUAAUUUUAAGAUGCGUGAAUUUAAAGAUAUUAAAAAUCUAAAUCCUACAAUAACUGAUUGAAACUUUAAUUGAAUUGGAACUUUAGCAUCUCAAGUUGUUCAAUUUAAUGGUGAUGCAUAUUUUAUUGAUAGCAACUUCUAUCUUUAUAAAUUUGAUCUAGCCAAAAAAGUUAUUCAGCAAUUGAGAAAAAUAUAA